AUGCUACAAAUUGCAUUGAUGUUAUUUGCUAUUUUAAUAAGGGCAGAGGAGCCUACCUGCCGUCUGCUAGCAAGCCCAGCAAUGCCUGUUUUCACAAAGGAAGGAGACAUUAUAAUCGGAGGGAUAUUUGUUUUUCAUGGUCUUGAAAACACCAAGAAUGCAUUUAAAGAUGUUCCUGUACUACCUAAGUGUAAAGGUUUAAAUUUUAGGGAAUUCCAGCUUGCUAAAGCUAUGAUCUUUGCCAUAGAAGAAAUUAACAACAGUUCAGAUAUACUACCAGGAGUUUCUGUUGGCUACAGAAUAUAUGAUGCUUGUACUUCAAUUCAUCUGGGUAUAAGAGCUGCAAUGGCUUUAAUGAACGCUCCUGAUGAAGACAUGUUCUCUGACAAUUCUUGCAAGAAAUCCUCAAAUGUUCACGCUAUCAUAGGGAUGUCAGGUUCUUCACACACCAUUGGAGUUGCCAGAGUAAUUCGGUCCUUUCACAUACCACUGAUAAGCUAUGUUGCGACCUGUGCUUGUCUUAGUAACAAACAGGAGUAUCCAACUUUCUUCAGGACAAUACCAAGUGACUAUUACCAAAGCCGAGCCCUAGCCCAGCUUGUGAAGCACUUUGGGUGGACUUGGAUUGGGACAGUAAGAAGUGACAAUGAUUAUGGUAACCUAGGAAUGGCUACCUUUAUACAAGCUGUUCAGCAGGAAGGGAUAUGUAUUGAAUAUACAGAGACUGUGUAUAUUAGUUACCCAAGAGAAAAAAUUAUAAAAACUGCACAUGUUAUAAAACAAUCUUCUUCUAAAGUGAUUGUAGCUUUUCUCUCUUUAUUGGAUAUGGACAUACUAUUGAAAGAACUGAUUUUGCAGAAUGUUACAGGUUUACAAUGGAUUGGAAGUGAAGGGUGGAUUUCAGCAAGAAUCUUUUCAACUGAAGAGGUCAAUCAAAUUCUUGGUGGUGCAAUUGGGUUUGCCAUUACAGACUCUUUAAUACCUGGAUUAAAAGACUAUAUGCUAAAUGUACAUCCAUCUGACACUCCUGGCAAUGCUUUGAUGAAUGAGUUUUGGGAAACUAUUUUCAGCUGCUCAAUGAAUUCAAAUACCAAUGCAUCAAAAUGUACGGGUUUGGAAAAUUUAAGAGAAAUGAAAAAUGAGUAUACUGAUGUCACAGAACUAAGAAUUCCUAAUAAUGUUUAUAAGGCUGCAUAUGCUGUAGCAUAUUCAUUGCAUAGUCUUUUGAAAUGCAAACAGGAGCAAGUAGCCGUAGGCAACAAAACCUGUGAAAAUGAAUUACCAGUAGAGCCAUGGCAGGUGGUUCAGCACUUAAAAAAUGUUAAUUUCACAACCAUCUAUGGAGAAAAUAUUUAUUUUGAUAGAAAUGGUGAUCCAGCAGCAAAAUAUGAAUUAGUGAACUGGCAAAUGAAUAAUCUGGGGACCGUAAAAUUUGUUAAAAUUGGUAUUUAUGAUGCAUCUUUACCUGAUGGGCACCAGUUUAUAAUGAAUAAUAUUGGCAUUGUGUGGGCAGGAAACAGGACAUGGAUUCCCAGAUCAGUCUGCAGUGAUGACUGCCUGCCAGGCACACGAAAAGCUGUUCAAAAGGGGAAACCCAUUUGCUGUUUUGACUGUGUUCCAUGUGCUGAAGGAGAAUUUAGCAACGCAACAAAUUCCAUUGAUUGUAUGAGCUGUCCAUUGGAUUACAAUUCAAAUGAACAGAAAGAUCAUUGUGUAUUAAAAGUAAUAGAAUUUUUGUCAUUUGGUGAAAUCAUGGGUAUAAUUCUGGUCACAUGCUCCCUAUUUGGUGUCACACUCACUGCACUUGUAGCCUCUAUUUUUUUCUAUUACAAGGAAACCCCUGUUGUUAAAGCUAACAACUCGGAACUAAGUUUUCUUCUUCUGCUUUCAUUAAUGCUGUGCUUCAGUUGCUCCCUCACUUUCAUUGGUGAGCCCUCUGAAUGGUCCUGCACCAUUCGUCACACAACCUUUGGCAUCACUUUUGUUCUUUGUAUUUCUUGUAUUCUGGCAAAAACCAUUGUAGUACUAAUGGCUUUCAGGGCAACACUUCCAGGAAAUAACAUUAUGAAAUGGUUUGGGCCAACUCAACAGCGGUUAAGUGUUUUAGCCUUUACCCUCAUCCAGGUGUUGAUCUGUGCAUUAUGGCUGAUAAUUUCGCCACCAUUUCCACACAAAAAUAUUGUGUUAUACAAAGAGAAAAUUAUUUUUGAAUGUGAUUUGGGCUCACCUACAGCCUUUUAUGCAGUUUUAGGAUAUAUUGGCUUUCUCUCUGCCAUGUGUUUUACUUUGGCAUUUUUGGCUCGGAAAUUACCUGACAACUUUAAUGAAGCAAAAUUCAUCACUUUUAGUAUGCUUUUGUUUUGUGCUGUCUGGAUCUCUUUUAUCCCAGCAUACAUCAGUUCCCCAGGAAAGUAUACUGUGGCAGUAGAAAUCUUUGCUAUUUUAACUUCAAGCUUUGGUUUGCUACUCUGUAUUUUUGCUCCAAAAUGCUAUAUAAUUCUUUUAAAACCAGAAGAAAACACAAAGAAACACUUAAUGGGUAAGGCAUUGACAAAUUAG